CUGGAUUACUCCAAAGAGAGAUUACAGCAAAUGUAUUUUUUGUGCAUCAUCUCUAGCUAGUGUUUUCACAGUGGGGAGAACAUAUCAUCCUCCAGUUGACUUUGCAUAGCGUAAGCCCCCAGAAGGCCUAUAGAGACUAAUUCUAGUUUCUUCCAAAUCUUAGGCACCUACAAAGUGAAAAUAAUUCUGGCUCUUUGUAGCGUCAUAUGCUAAGUGCUUUUCUGUUAGAGCAGAAAGAAGAAAAUGGGUAAAGAGAUGCCCUCUUAUCAAGUUCAGGGGUGGGACAGCGAAUAGUACGAAAAAUUCCUUACACAUAGCCUUUUUUGGUAAUGUUUCCUAGUUUUGGGGAAGGAAUAGGAAAAAAUCAGAGGUGUGUAUUUUGCGUCCAUAUGCCUCACAGUAAACAAAAAAAGGCCAUCUUUUCAUCAUCCACUAAAAUUAAUUUGAGAGCCAGGAUCUCUGGACUUGUAAAACCCUCCUUUCUCCCCCUAUCAUUUCCGGAUAAGUAGCCUCUUUGCAGGUUCCGGGGAAUGGGAGCAGGGACUGGAGCUCAGUAGGGAAUCUUAUCUUUCCCAACCUCCCCCCUCCGUGGAGCCAGUCCAGAUCUGUAUAGCCAAGACUCCGGGAUUUGGCAGUAACCUAGAGUCGGCGGGGCCGGAAGACGGGAGGCUGGGAUUCCCAGGUGGGGUCAGGGCGUGCGAGCAGAAUUCAGUGCGAGGGCAGGGCCCUGCGGAAACAGUAUCUUUGGCGACUGGUGAGAAAUCCCCCAGUUCCCCGCACCUCUCCAGCCCCGGGCCGGCAGCGUGCUGAAAUAGGCCGCCCUCCCCAGGUGUGCAGCCGGCGUUCCAGGCUACCUCCCCAACCUGGAGAAGUGGGGUCAAUGUGUGUCUUUCUAGGCCACAAAGUACCACCUUUUCCCCAGGUCACGUUCAGUCACAGGGUUCGACUUCGAUUCGUUGACACUACAAUCAGGUCCAGAUAGACGCAUUCCUCUUCAAGAUGUGGAAUCUCGGUCGGGUCCACGAAGCGUAGGACGAGUCACAGGCGCUCUCCGCUCCCGGCUCCCUCCGCCCCUAGUCCCUACUCGGUCGUAGCCAAAGCUCGGAACGUUGGAUCCAAGCCCGGAGGAGCGGGACGGCGAACUGGAGCGGCGCUGCCAGCCGGGAGCCCGUGGCACCGGGCAUGCUCAGUGGCGCGGCCGGCUGGGUGGCCGCAAGAGCUGCACCCGGAUCUGCUCGGCGGCGGCGGCGGCGACGUGAGCGCGCAGGGGGGCGGCGGCCUCGCCUCUCUCUCUGCACCUGGGUCGGGUGGGUGACGCCAAGCGCGCGAGAGAUGUCGGAUUUCGACAGUAACCCGUUUGCGGACCCGGAUCUCAACAACCCCUUCAAGGACCCAUCAGUUACACAAGUGACAAGAAAUGUUCCACCAGGACUUGAUGAAUAUAAUCCAUUCUCAGAUUCUAGAACACCUCCACCAGGCAAUGUGAAAAUGCCUAAUGUACCCAGUACACAACCAGCAAUAAUGAAACCAACAGAGGAACAUCCAACUUAUACACAGAUUGCAAAGGAACAUGCCUUGGCCCAAGCUGAACUUCUUAAGCGCCAGGAAGAACUAGAAAGAAAAGCCGCGGAAUUAGAUCGUCGGGAACGAGAAAUGCAAAACCUCAGUCAACAUGGCAGAAAAAAUAAUUGGCCACCUCUUCCUGCCAACUUCCCUGUGGGACCUUGUUUCUAUCAGGACUUUUCCGUAGACAUUCCUGUAGAAUUCCAAAAGACAGUGAAGAUUAUGUACUACUUGUGGAUGUUCCACGCUGUAACACUGUUUCUAAAUAUCUUCGGAUGCUUGGCUUGGUUUUGUGUUGAUCCUACAAGAGGGGUUGAUUUUGGAUUGAGUAUCCUGUGGUUCUUGCUUUUUACUCCUUGUUCAUUUGUCUGUUGGUACAGACCACUUUACGGAGCUUUCAGGAGUGACAGUUCUUUCAGAUUCUUUGUAUUCUUCUUCGUCUAUAUUUGUCAGUUUGCUGUACAUGUACUCCAGGCUGCAGGAUUUCAUAACUGGGGCAACUGUGGUUGGAUUUCAUCCCUUACUGGUCUCAACAAAAGCAUUCCUGUUGGAAUCAUGAUGAUAAUCUUAGCAGCUCUUUUCACAGCAUCAGCAGUCAUCUCACUAGUUAUGUUUAAAAAGGUACAUGGACUAUAUCGCACAACAGGUGCUAGUUUUGAGAAGGCCCAACAGGAGUUUGCCACAGGUGUGAUGUCCAACAAAACUGUCCAGACUGCGGCUGCAAAUGCAGCUUCAACUGCAGCAACUAGUGCAGCUCAGAAUGCUUUCAAGGGUAACCAAAUUUAGAGAAUCUUCAAACAAUACACUGUUACCUUUUGACUGUACUUUUUUUCUCCAGUUACUGUGUUCUAUAAAUAUUUUUAUGUUCAAAACACACAGUACACACAGCAUGUAUAUUUCCUAUUCACUUGUGCAUGGGCUAAAACCAGAAAAACUUUAUCUUAUUAUUUACCAUAAGUUUCUUAGUAUUUUGGUGCCCCUUGCAGAAAAAAAUAUUACACGCUAAAUAAAUAUUCUCCAUAUUUUUGGGGGGAUGACUUGUUCAGCGAAUUAUUUCAGUGACAACACAUUGAAAUUAAUAUAGCACUUACGAUUAAAAAUGCAUUUAGUACUAGCUGCAAUAAUUCUUUCAAGAAUCUUAGACUUAAGAAUUACAUAUCGGAACAGUAAAGCAAUGCUUCAUUCUUUUUCCCCUAUUUGUAUUGAGAGAGAUGGGCCAUCAGAGACUUACAGAUUUUUUAAUUGGCUUGCUUUUUAGAAGUUUCAGUCACCAGUGAAGAGCCUAUGUGCAUUUCAUAGUAGAUAAUAUAAAUUUUAUCUUUUAAUUUUCUUUAUUUUAGAGUAGCUAAUAUUUUGAUAUCAAUCUCUGAUCUUGCAUGGGCACCAUGUUUUCUUUAAUUAAAAGAAUUAGUAUUUUGGGUUCUGCACUGCAUAUGGUUAUAGGAUUGGAGAGUUGUUAUAGAAUCAUAUAAGUGAUUUUCUGCAAUAGUUUGUUUUAAAUAAAAAUUUAUUGGGGUGCAAUAUGAGAAUUUAAUAUGCAGUGCAUCAUCCAAAAGAAAAGGUAAUCAAUGGAAUAGAAUGUAAUGAUGUUAAUACCUUCAUUUUUAAUUUUCAGUGUUCAUAUAGUAAAAUAUUCCUGUAGGGAAACUUUGGUAUAUUCUUGUGGCUACCCUUUUUAAUUGAACUGAGAUUGUGUUUGGCAGCUCUUUUUUGGGGUUGUAUAAUUUUUAAAGAGGUAUUAAGGUCUAGCCUAACUCCUUGUCCAAAAAAGAACAUACAGUAUUUAAGGGAUUUUUUAGGCCCUCAUCUCUAGUGGCACUAAAAAUAAAAAGACCUUGGCAUUUCUCAUAUUCCUGAAUCCCUAAUUCACCUCAGUCUUUCAAUUUUUGAGGUAGAUUAAAUACAUUAAAAUUUUUCAUAAACAGAAAAAAUAAAAUAUUUAACUUGGACCAAGCAAGAAAGUACAAGUACAGUUGAAUGCAUUCAUUGUGAAUAUAAUCACAUUAAAAUUGUAACUCUGUGGCACAGGAGUUCAUUCUUAUAGUAUAACUUGGGUUGAAACUUCGAAUCAUUUUUAAUACUGAUUAAGUGACUCAGUUUGUAAAGUCACCAUACUGUGUUUUGGAAGUUUUCAGCUAACUUAAGUUUGCAGAAUAGGUAGUGACUUACUCAGCUUGUUUUUAAGUAAGGCUAGUCUAUUGAAUUAUAUUAUUUGAGAUUGCAAAUCCUCUCUUUAAAAAAAUUAGAUGGGCAUAAAUGGCUAAAUCACUUCCAUUUUUCCCCACAUCUGGAGUUAAAAUGAAUUUCAUGCUGGUCACGUAAUGGUGAGUUCUCACUAUUUAUGAAAGAAAUUGUGUGUGAUACUAGGUAAAGUGGAUUCAUCCAGAUGGUGUUUACCUGAUUUACUUGGGACUUAACUAAAGUAAUAUACUUAGAAACUAUUUAUUUUAUUCUGGUGAAAAUAGGAUUCAGAGUAUGGAUUUAAAACUGCUUUUAUGAAUAUUUUUCAGGUGAUAAUCUCCACCUACCUUCUCAAACAAAUAAGCCAGUUUAAGGUUUUCAGAGUCUAUGAUCUUAUUAAAAUUCUGAAUGUAUCAGUUACUUUGAGUGUGAGUUUUAUGAACGUCCAAAACAUUAACCACAAAAUGCAGUAAGAGCACCUGUGUCCAACAUUGUUAUUAUCUCAAGUCCAUUUCUAUUUUUCUUUAAAUUAUAAAUGAAAGGUAUAUCAUAGAGACUUUUGAAAAAUACUGAGAUACUUUUCCUUCAAGAAUAGGAAUGCUUCUCUCCAUCCUGUAAAGAUCUCCAAAGGUAGCAUUGUUUACUAGCAAAAAAGAAUUACAACCAAGAGUACCUUUUUAUGUGUGGAUGAGGAAAAAUUUUUUUAAUCCAGCUUUGUGGGUUAAUACAAGCUUAUGAGAAAAAAUUGUUUUUUAAGAACAUAAAUGUGCAUUCAAGUGAUGGCAAUGCUUAUAAUUUGAUAAGGUAUAAGGGGUUUUAAGUUCUUCUCUGUUCUUUUAACAAUUAGUGAGUAGUCAUUUUCAUUCAACAGAAAACUGGCAUUUGAUAGUGUUUCACAUUUAAUACUAACAUUGCCCAGUAUCACAGUCAUGAAAUGGUCUUUGGGUUAUAAGCAUCCACAUUAUUUUUCAGUUUGCAAUAUUAAGUUGUGGCUGUUUUAUUUCAAACUAAAGUUUGAACACUGGAAGAUCAUUGCUCAGUGAUUUAUAACUUGGGACUUGGAUUAUUUAUCUAGGGAUAUUUGUAUAUUUUGUCAGUGAGUACUACUGCGCUGCCCUCAUGGUGACUGUCAUGGUUCUAUAUAAAUGCCCUCCAUCUGUCCCUCUAAUGUUGCAUGUUUUCAGUGGUUUGGAGGUUUUGUAUAUUUAUUGUAUUAACACAGUGUCAUAAAAUAAAAAGCUGUUUACUGGA